AAGCACCAAGCCUGAAAUCUCUCCUUUAUUCACCAUGCAACUCAUCUCGUUGACCAAGUUGGCCAUGCUCGGCAUGGCUGCAUUUGCUGCCGCCCACCCCGGUGCCCACGAAGUCAGCUCCAUGACCCACGCCGAAAAGAGAUCAUUCCUGGUCAACGCCAAACGCAGCCUCGGACAAUGCGCUGAUCGCCUCGAACGCCGCGGCGUCAGCGCACGCAUCGAAGCCCGUCGCGCCGAGCAGUACGAGUUCUACCGCCGUCAAGCCCUCGCAGCCCGCGCCUACAACCCCUCCGUCAACGUCUCGCACCACUCCACCCUCCAGGUGAAUUCGCACACCUCCGAAGAAGAACUCUUCGCCAAGGACCCCGUCUGCGUUCUCUCUCCGGAAGGUGAAAUCGGUCCAUUCUGGGUAAAGGGCGAGCUUGUCCGCUCUAAUGUCCGUGAUGGCGAGGCCGGUGUCCCUGUUAUCCUUGACGGGCAGUUCAUCGAUAUCGAGACCUGCGAACCGAUCAAGGAUCUCUACUGGGAUGUCUGGAACUGUAACUCUACCGGUGUUUACUCCGGUGUGCAGAGCGACAUGAACGGUAGCGGUUCCGGCGAUGCUUCUAACCUCGACAAGACCUUCCUUCGCGGUAUUCAGAAGACAGACGAAGACGGUGUUGCUCAGUUCCAGUCUAUAUUCCCCGGUCACUAUGAUGGUCGCGCAACGCACGUCCACGUCGUUGCGCACGUUGGUGCGCAUGAACUCGCCAAUAAGACCGUCACCGGUGGCCACGCCGCGCACAUCGGACAACUGUUCUUUGACCAGGACUUGAUUACCGAAGUCGAGGCCCUCUACCCGUAUAACACGAACACGGUCGAUAUUACCCAGAACGCCGAUGACCACGUCGUCCAGGACGAGACUGAGGAUACAGCCUCCGAUCCCUUCUUCGAGUAUGCCCUGCUGGGAGAUAAAGUCCAGGAUGGGAUUUUUGCUUGGAUUACCAUGGGCGUUAAUGUCUCGGCAAGCUAUGAGACUAGCUAUGCGGCUACUCUGACUGGUGAUGGCGGUGUUUCGAACUCGAAUAGCCAGCCCGGGUGGUACCGUUGA